AUGGAGCCCUAUCGCCACGGACAGGAUCCCUACACCCUUUAUCCUUCAGCUGCGCCUGCACACCCUCAGUCGUCGCCCGCUGCCGCCCCGUCCUUUCUUCCCGCUCUCGUCCCGCAUCCUUCCUACUCGUCUCUCGCACCCCCGCUGGGUGGCGGCGCGCCUCGCCCUCUCGUCUUCUCACAGCCAGGAACGCUCGUUCAGUGUGUCGGCCUGACGCCUUCCUUCGCAGUGCCUUCCUGCGCACCUCAAUCUGAUUCACGUCCCGUCUCGUACUACCCUGUUCAGUGCACCCCGUUGUCUCCGUCUUCUGCUUCACACGCUCCGUCUCUCGCUUCUUCGUGGCAUGCGUCUCCUCACGGGAGAGAGUUCUCGGCGCAUGCGGAGAACGACGCGGGCCGCAGUGCUGCGUAUCGCUCGUCGCGAUGGGGCGUCCAAGAAGGGAGAAACGCCGCAAGGCGAGAGGAAAGCGGGAGAGACGGGCGAGCGCAUGCGAAUGCGCCUCUUCUUCCGUUGCCCACGAGGCCGCCAUCUCGCCGCAGUGCGCCGUCGGACAGCGGACUGCUUCCCCUUCCUGAGGGGCUGUCCUCCCACAUUUCGCGCGGACAUGCAUCUGCGAGUUCCCCGGCGCUCUCGGGCUUCGUCCACGGGCGGCGAAGCGACUGUCGCGGGAGAGCGCCCCAAAGCCGUUCGCGGCACCCGGCUUCCCGCCUCGCCCGUGGUGACUCUUUCCUCUCUUCUUCAUCGCUGUCGUCUUCUGCGUUCCACGCGCGCGGAGCGCCAGGGGCAGUGUCUGCGCCUGAGAUCCGCAGCGUCUUUCCGCAGUCGCGUUAUGCCGAUCCGUCGGCCUCUCUAUCUGCACUGAGCUCGCCGUGUUGCGCGGACCUCUCGCCGUACAGCGCCUCGUACACCACGUUCCAGUCCGCUUUCGCGACAUCAGCUUCUGUGGAUCCUCGCGCUCCGGGCGUCUCUUCCUUUUCUUUCUCUGAAGACGACUCCGCUUCCGUCGACGUCGUGGUGCAUGCAGGGCCACCGUGGGACGCAGGACGGCGACGCUCGGCUUCUCUCCAGAGCCUCUCGUCUCUCUCUUCCUCCGACGAGGAGAAGGAACAUGGUAGCCAGGAAGCUCGCGGACGAGGGCGCGCGGCUCCGCGGGCGCCUCCUCGUCCGGCGAGUGAAUCGUCCGUGUCUUCUGCAACCGCUCCCGUCUCGCCUUCCGUCGCUUCUGCCUUCUCCGCUAUCGCGACUUCUCGGCCGGUGGGCGGGUCCCGCCUCUCCGUUUCGAGUCUCCCUUCUUCCGCGCCCGCGCCCGCCGUCGGUUCAGCAGCCCCGCCUUCAGACUCACCAGGCUUCGCUGCUUUUCCGCCCGUCGCCCCGCGCUGGGGGCUCUCUCUCGAGGACAGUUCCGCGGCAGAGCGCGCGCAUGCGGUUUCUCCCACCCUGCGAGCGGAACAACGGAACGGCCUGCCGUCUCGCGCUUCCCCCUCGAGCGAAGUGAUUGUUGUCUCUGACGGCGAGGAGCGAUCCGACGCUGAAGCAUCUCGCAGGCCGGACGCACCUGCAAAGCGUCAUGGGGAAUCCGAAGCCGCGGGCGACGCUGCCAGCGGGGGUUUUGCGCCGGCGCCAGCGUCUGCUGCUCGGCAACGCCUCCGCCUCGGUUCGGACCCCCAAGAGGCCGAGCGAGAAGCGGAAACGGACUCUCCCCCCGUGACGGGCCGACGCGAAGGCGGCGAAACGGAGAGAACCUCGAGGCCUUCGACGCCCGGCCCCUCAGAAGGCGCUUCCUUCACUUCUCGCUCUGCACGCGUCGACAACGACGGGACGCGCCAAGGCGGUUCUAGUCGAACCCUCCGCUCGACGCGCCGAGCCUCGGGAGCGAAUCCCGCGCUCUCGUCAAAACCUUCUUCCUCGUCUUCUUCCUCGUCUUCUUCCUCGUCUUCUUCCUCGUCUUCUUCCUCGUCUUCUUCGUGUUCUUCCUCUUCUUCCUGUUCCUCCUCAUCUGUGUCGGUUUCCUCUCUUUCUGCCUCUUCUGCCUCUUCGUUGUGUCCGUCUUCCGUUUCUUCUGUUGCCUCUGAGCUUCCUGGUCCGGGGCGUUUGUCCGAGCCUCUGUUUUCUGCACUUCCUGCGUCGUGCGUCUGUUCCGGGUCCGCGUGCGCGCCGGCGCCCGGAUACUCGCGGCUGGAGUCUUGGCUCUCCUUUCGGCACCUGCGGGUCUCUCGGACUGCGGAGAAGAAGCGACAGAGUUUUUUGCGCGGGAAGAAACACCUGAGAGUCGCCGUGAUCGGCGCGGGGAUGGCCGGAAUCAGCGCGGCGCGAGAACUCCGAGACGCGGGCGUAAAAUGCGUCGUCGUCUACGAGGCGCGAAACCGCGUCGGCGGUCGCUGCUGCAGUGCGACAGUCACGCACCAGAGCGCCGCGGGGUGUGAAAAGCCGGCCGAGCCCACAGCUUCCACGGAGACAGAACCGGGCGAGACGGCAGACGCCGACUCCGCCGCAGGAGGGGAGGAGAACGGAGAGAAAGGGGCGAGCGGAAGAAGACGAAGCGAAGAGAACGAAGCGAGAGAGGAGCGACAGGUGGAGCGCGGAAAGGCGAAGGCAGGCCGGGAAGGCGAGGCACUCGCAGCGUCGAGGGGAUCAGAUCGAGAGGCGCCUCUCGACGAAAGUCUCGAGGUCACCGAAAUACCAACUGAGACUCGAGGCGCUUCCUCUUCUUCCUCUUCUUCCGCUUCUUCCUCUUCUUCCGCUUCCUCCUCUUCUUUCGCUUCCUCCUCUUCUUUCGCUUCCUCCUCUUCUUUCGCUUCCUCCUCUUCUUCCUCUUCUUCCUCGUUUGUUUCGUCGGCCCUGCCUGCGCCGUCGCCUGCAUCUUCGCGUGUCUCUGUGAUUCCCGGCAUCGACUUGGGAGCGUCGUGGAUCCACGGCAUCGACGACAAUCCAGUGCAUGCGAUUUGCCUCGCGCACAACUUGCAUCCGUUUGGAGCCGCAAAGGGCGCCGGCGCCGCCGACGGUCUCGCCCAGGCUGCGCCGAGCUGGCCAGGCGCGGGCGGUUCGGCCAAGGCGAGCAAGAAGUCCGGAAAGCCGCCGCGGCCUGGCGCGGGCGAGGCCGCGGCGGAUCUGGAAAUCGUCACGGAAGCGGAGGAGGCGCUCUUUGACGAAGCGACAGGCGAGCGCGUGGACGAAGCGGUUGACGCCUGGGCGUACGCCGCACACCAGCGGCACCAGCGAGAGGCUGACUGUUCUGCACAGCGCGACGAGGAGCAAAAAAACUGGAGGCAGUGGCCCGGAGGGCGGAGCGGCGCGAACGUGGACCAGAGACAGCUGCUGUUCCAGUCGCUCGGCGGGGUUUUGAACGCAAAGAUGCGAGACGCGAUUCGCACGAGAAAACGGGAAGCCUGUCGACCGCGCGACGAGCGGAAGGGCGGGAGAAAGCGACGCACCAGGGUUCCAGUCGCGGGGCCGCAACGGGCGAAAGAGACGGCGGAGCGACAGUGCCUCGAGAGUCCCGAGGCCGACGCCGACGAGCUCCGACACGAAGGCGACUGCGUCGAGGGGAGACUCCUGAUGUGGCAUUUGAACAACUUGGAAUAUUCUGCAGGAGCCGACGUAGAUGACCUCUCGUUAAUCUGCUGGGACCAGGACGACCUGACGGCGUUCCAGGGUCAACAUGUGCUUAUUUGGGAAGGCUACAAGGCGGCGGUGGAGGUGCUAACGCGGGAUCUGGACAUUCGUCUCCAGCACGUGGUCUCGCGCAUUUCCUACGGCGACUCCGGUGUAACCUUGGCAUUUGAAAACGGGACCGUUUCGCCGCUCUUCGACUUUUGCAUCAUCACGCUGCCGCUCGGCGUUUUGAAGGCGUCGGUGAACGCGUACGAACUCAGCGCACAGGCGCAACUCGUGGGCCGCAGCCCCGCGGUCCCGCCGCCCCAGUCCGGUCUCCUUUCGUCGCGCGCGCUUUCGGGCUUCUCCCUGCCUCGAGGCGGCGCCGAGGUCGAGAGCGAGAAGCGAACGGAGAACAGAGACAUCGAGACAGGGGGGGAGACGCGAGGGGAAGGGCGCGGUACAGAGGAGGAAGCGUGGCGAGUUGAAGACAGCGAUGAAGACGGGGUGGAAGACGAGCGAGAGAACGGCGACGGACGAACGAACGCGCGGGACUGCAAAGCCGUCGUCGACUUGUGCGGCUUUGAGCCAAAGACGAGAGGCGGCGACCUGCGAGGCGCUGCAGGCCUCGGCUCGACAGGGUCCGUCUCCUUGCAGAAAGGAGACGGUCUCCAGGGCGCGGUCGCCCUCGGGGACGACUCAGAAAGACUUCUUGGCUCUUCCCACGCGUCGCUUCUUCUCUCCGCCGACUUCCACUUUGCCCGUCCGCUGGCCUUGUCGGGCUUCGUCCAGGCAGGCGCGACUGCGGGCCACUCGCCAAUCGUCUCGUCGACGUCCGACUCAGAGGGCGCCGGAACUCCCCAGGGCGAAACCGACAGCAGCCCUCUUCCUGCUUCCCCAGAAGCUUCGUCUUCUGCGAGGCGAGGAGCAGGCGAGGCACACGGACGGCGGGAUGCGCAGGGAGACGUCAAAAGCGGGGACGCCGGAGACAGUGUCGAGGUUUCUGAGACCGAAGACAAGGAUUUCGCAGCCGCAGCUUCGCUCUCUGCCUCGUCGUUCUCGUCUUCUGUCUCUUCUGUGGGCGUGGCGGAGAGUGGCGGGGAGCAUGCGGGUCUCAGCCGUGUCGAGCGUGCGGACGCUCGGGCCGCUGCAGGCGGCAAGCCGAAAGGCCAGGAAGGCGAACUUGACUGCGAAGAUGAAAGCUUAGCAGACACACUCCAUGACGUCCCGGUGGACUUUACACUUCCCCCCGACAUUCUCCCUUUCCUCAUUUCUUCCAAGGAAGGCCGGGGGCGGAAGGCGAAAGUGGAGGACGUCGGCGCGGCGGGUGAACAGCCUCCAGGAAACCGGAAUGCAGGGGACGCGCGGCGCUCCUCGGCGGCGAACGAGGGUGAAGGAGCGAAGGCAGACGCGCAAGAAGACAACCGACUCGCCGACGUGAAGGCGGAAGUCUGUGCCCAAGCAUCUGCCGCCUGCGCGGUUUCCGCAGCUUCGGCCGCCUCGCCCACCUCGUGGUUCGAGCUGUCGAAGGAUCGGUGCAAAAGCCGGCGCGGCGUCGUGGCCUUCGAUCCGCCCUUGCCGGAGUGGAAGCGCGAGGCGAUCAAAAUCGUGGGCAUGGGAAACAUGAACAAAGUGGCGCUGGUCUUUGAGACCCCGUUCUGGCUGAAUGAAGACGAAGACGGAGAAGAAGGCCAGGAGGAAGCCGGAGAGACAGCCGCGCAGGCCAUGCAGGAGAGAGGACUGGGAGCAAGCGCAGGAGAAGAGGAAGGAAAAGACGGUCGAGGCGGGGACGCGCAGCCGCGAGACGAGGCAAAGUCCAGUGACCACAUAGGGACGAAGGCAGGCGGCGAGAGGGCCGAGAAAGAGACAGAAGAGGAGCGUGAGCCGGGCGAAACACCCGACGCAGGGGGUUCUUGGGACAGGAGAGACUCGAAGGACGGGAGAGAGGAGAUCGAAGCCGCCCCAGAUGAACAGGAAAAUGACGCCAGAAACCAAACAGACGACGAAGGAAGAGGGAUCGAAGACGGAGACGACUGCUGCAUUAUUUUGGAGACGCGAACCGACGGUUCACUGGCGUCUCCGUGCCCCCGAUCGUCGCCUCCAUGCGCGGGUCGAGUGUCUUCCCUCCCGAUCUCUCUGGAGCCUGCGUCUCGCGCUGUCUCCUCUGACGCGAGCGUCGACGCCUCCGCCCUACCGAGCUCCAGUGGUUCUUCGGUCUCCGACCCGCGUCCCUCCCUCGGUCCCUCUUCUCUCCCUGCCUCGGCUGCUUCGGCCCCGCCCGCUUCAUUCGCCUCGCCCUCUCUGCCGCACGCAGUCCUUGGUUCAUCUUCUUCGACGGCUGUCACUUCCCCUCUCCCGUCUGCGUCAUCGUCCUCCGCCGCCACCCUUGCGGACGCCGCGUCGAGCUCUUCCGCUUCUCCCUCGUGCACCUUGUCGUCUCCUCCCUCUUCUUUCGGUUUUCCUGCCUUUUCUUCCCCGUGGUAUGCGUCUCAGAAUCGGACUGCGCUGCGGCGCUGUGAGAACCCAAAGAGCGGGAAAGGCGGCCGCGGCGGCGAGAAGGGCGGCGGGCGCAGCGGCAGGAGGCGCCGAGAGGAAGCAUCCAACGAGGCCGCCUCGAGCGACGCUGCGGGGCGCGCGGGCUCGAGGGACGAACGCGACGCCGAGAACGCCAGGACGCGGCGAUCGGGAAGGCGAAAACGCGAUCUGAUAGAGCCGAACAAGUCCUCGGACUCAGAGGGGCGCAACGCGCGGAAGCGACGCAGAACGCAGAAGAAAAAGCGAGUCAAGGCAGUCCCCAGACAACGCGGCUGGGCCUCCCGGGAAAAAGGGAGAUAUGCGCAGCUCGUCUACCUCCACCCGAAACCGAUUAUUCUCAUUCUGGUUCCAGGAACGUUUUCCUUUUUGUCGGAGAAGAAGCCGAAGGAGGAGAUCGUGUGCGAGGCGCUGCGCGUUCUGAUUGAAAUCCACAAAGGGCGAAUCGAAGCGCCGAUCAAGGCCUUCGUGUCGCGCUGGGGCAAAGACCCGUUCGCCCGGGGGAGUUACUCGUACCUUCCGCCUGGCACUACAGGAAGAGACUAUGAUCUCCUUUCCUAUCCGGUGCACCAUCGACUGCUCUUUGCUGGCGAACACACGAUUCGGCCGUAUCCGAGCACUGUUCACGGCGCGUGUCUCAGCGGCCGGCGAGAGGCGACACGCAUCAUCGACUGGGCGACAGGCCUCAUGGAGAGACAUGCUUUCCUCAAGUGGUUUCAAAACACUGAAGAGGGGCUGUGGUUCUCUGUCGAUCUGAACGAAAUGGAAGCGGCGCCGAGCUACUACGAGGACUGCAUCGAAGGCCCGACUGCAGCAGAGCGCGAGGAGUGGUUCGCCGCCGGCAUUCGGUGCGCCUUCUGCGGGGAAGCUCAAACCUUCCAACGCCCCUUCGUCGGAUGUGUCUCCAUUCCUUUCCCUCCGUCCUCUUCUCCCUGCUCAAAUCCCUCCUCGAAUCCCUCCUCGUCCGCUUCUUCGUCUUUGUGUGACGGUCCUGGCGCUAGGGACGGUGGCGAGGCGGCGCGCGUUUCGCUCGCGAAGCGUCGAGACGAAGAGAGCCCUUGUUUCGCGCCUCUCGAGCGGAACGGGGCGAGCAGCGGCUUCUGUCUCCGCUUCGCGGUCCACGAAGACUGCAGCUACUACACGCCAGGCAUCGUCAGCGACAACGAAGGCAGUCGCUGGUGUAACAUCAGCCGUGCGAUUUUGGUUGCGGCGCUCACAGCUUGUGCCUGUUGCGGCCAACCCGGCGCAAACAUUCCCUGCGCAGCAUCCACAUGCAGGGCAGCGCUCCAUCUCCCCUGUGCGCAGCGUGAAUUGUCUUGGCCGAAAUACGACACAGCGUCGGCGCUUCGCCCUCUCUUCUGUCCUGCACACCAGCACUUGCUGACUCUCGGGCCGGAGAAAACGAACCUCUCCGUUCCGCCUCCCGCGGGCCUUGACGAGGUCGCAGAGACUGCGGAGACACGCGAGGCGGACGAGGAGACGCGGAGACGGGAACGCGAGGAAGAGACGAUGAAGGCCGAACAGAGUGCGGCGCUGGCACACGUCGCCACGGGCGCCUCCGCGUCCGUCGCCGCCUCCGUCCUUCUCGCUGCAGGCCUGCGCACUCGGCGCGAGUUUCCUGGAGGCGCCGCGCCGCGCGCAGGGCUCAGCGAGAAGCGCGUCGCACGGUCGCCCGGGAGUGGAGCGGCAGAGAAGAAACGCAUGGAGCCCGAAGAGCAUCCGUGCGUCAUCAUCUCAGAUGACGACGACGCCUCCGAGGAGGGUGUGCGGCGCGUUCUCCGAAUCCCUGGAGCCGAGGACCGAGGCCUUCCGCCCUUCCUCGCGGCUUCACUCUCUUCUCUGUCUUCGCUGCAUGCAGCCUCUCCUCCUACGGGCCGGAGUUUCAGUCGGCCGCAUUUCUCGCGACACUCUGCGCUGGCUUCUCCGCCGGCUUCGGUGCCUGCUUUCCCUCAGCGAGGGACGAUUCUGUGCGAAGACGCGAAGCAGCCGGAGAAGGACUGGGGCAGUUCGCGCAUGCAAUCUGAGAGGAGAAACCAUCUCAGCCGCAAGCUCCACUGUCUGCUGAGCCGCCUGGAACGCGCAGUGGAAAGCCUCCGCGAAGACAGCGAGAUGAAGCGCAGACGCCAAGAGCGAAAAGACCGGAACGCGACGGUGAUCGACCUCGGCGAAGACCCGUGA